AUGUCAAAAAGUGAUUCGUACAAAAAGUCUCGGUCAAAAUCGGUAGAAAUGCAAAAUUGGUUUGUUGGACUGAUAACAAAGCCAACUGUUGAGCGCUACUUAAAAAAGGAAGGGCAGUAUUUGGUGCGUACGCAAGAAAAAAAUGGUCGCUUAGAGUUUGUUCUUUCCGUUAGAGGCAAAAAUGAAUGUGCUCAUUUGACAAUUACUUAUGAGGAAGGAGUUGGAUGGGCUAUCAAUGCAAAGCUCCGUAAAGCAUUCCAUACAAUUGUUGAACUAAUUAAGUAUUACGAAAAAAAUAAAGUACCUGUAGGAAAUUCUGGAUAUUUACGUAUUCCAUUCGAAAAACCUAAAUGGUUUAUAAGACACGAAAAUAUAACGUACGACGUUGAAAACGACUUAAUUGGUACAGGGAAUUUCUGCGAUGUUUUUAAAGGAAAAUUAUUUGGCAAAAUAUUAGUGGCAUUAAAAAUAUGUCACGGACCAACUGGAGAAAAUUCAAGUCCUGAAGAGAAGAAGAAAAUUGAUGAAGCAAAAGAAUCGCUAGAGCGUGAAGCAUGCUUAAUGUCAGAUUUUAAACAUCCAAAUAUAGUUAAGUUUCAUGGCAUCUGUUGUGAUGUUCCACCAGUGUGUAUAGUACUGGAACGAUGUACAGGUGGCUCUUUAGAUGCUCAUUUAUUACAAUUUGCUGAUAAAAUUUCGAAUGGAGAAAGAGUUUUGUACAGUUUUGGAGCCUCAAAAGGGAUGUGCUAUUUACAAGAAAAACAUUUGAUCCAUCGUGACUUAGCUGCACGAAACUGUUUAAUUAGUAAAUAUGGUAUUAUCAAAAUUGGCGAUUUCGGUCUGAGUCAACUAGUCUCUGACCUUACUGGAAAAUGCUCAAAAGAACGGCUACCUGUACGUUGGAUGGCUCCUGAAACAAUCCGUAAAGAUCCGAAAUAUAGCACUAAAAGUGAUGUAUGGUCAUUUGGUGUAUUACUUUAUGAAAUUUUUAAUGAUGGAAUAAAACCAUGGCCUGAUUGGGAUGUGAGGCAGUGUGCAACAUGUAUAAAGCAAGGAAACAUGCCUGACAUGCCAGAUAAAACUCCAUCGGAAAUAGUUAAGUUAGUAAGUGAAUGCUGGACGGUGGAUGUUGAAAAACGAUGUGAUUUUAUUUACAUUGCAAACAAACUUUCAAGCAUUCAUUUAUUGUAUGCACCACCAAAACUUAACGAUUUAACAAUUGCAAAAUUAAAAGAUGUAAAACCAUUGACAGAAAAAGAUGCAGAAUUAAAGGAAGAGCGCAGUGAUUGUGAAAAAGAAUCACUGUCAAAGAAAUCUUCUGAAAGUUUGGCCAGCGAAAAGUCAAUGACUGAAUUGGUACCAAAAUAUUUUAAGAAACGAAGGCGAUAUAAGAAACAGCAAGAAAGCCAUGAAUCUACAGAAACUUCCAGAACUACCACUCAAGACCAUACAUCUCGGAGUCAGGAUUGCAGUAAAGAAGUUGAUCGUAAUUACUAA